AAUAAAUAUUAAAUGAUUUUAAAAGAUAAAAAGAUAUCUACCAAUCCCUAUAUAAGAAGAAGAAAAAAAAACAUAAAAUCUUCAUUUACCAACAAUAAUAUAAAGUGUAUAUCUCCUCUUGCUCUCUUACCCUUAAAACCUCUUUUUGCCUAAAACCAAUUCAUCUAAUACCUCUUCUCUCUCUCUCUCUACUGAUCAACAUCUUCAUAGAGAGAAACAAAAAAAGACAGAGACUAAUGGAGGAGCCAAAAUGGCUUGAAGGUCUCUUAAGAACAAACUUCUUCACCAUUUGUCCUAAACACCGCCAAUCACCGAGGAACGAGUGCAACAUGUUCUGCCUCUCAUGCAAAAACGCUGCGUUUUGCUUCUACUGCCGCUCCUCUUUCCACAUUGACCAUCCCGUCCUUCAGAUCAGAAGAUCUUCAUAUCAUGAUGUGGUGAGAGUAUCGGAGAUAGAGAAGGCAUUGGACAUAAGAGGAGUGCAAACUUAUGUCAUCAAUAGCGCGAGAGUACUCUUCUUAAACGAGAGACCUCAGCCUAAGAACUCUUCCCAUGGCGCCGCCUCCUCCGCCCCGAAAACCAUGUCCUACUUCUGCGAGACAUGUUGCAGAACACUUCUUGAUCCCUUCCGCUUCUGUUCCUUGGGUUGCAAGGUUGAAGGAAUGAGGAAGAAUAAGGAAGAAGAAAGAUUGCGUAAAGAAAGACAACAAGAAACGCACAAAGGCACGCAUCCUCCAACUCAUACCUCUAACUCUAGGCGACGAAAAGGCAUUCCUCAUAGAGCACCUUUUGCUUCCUAAUUUUUAAUCUAAUCUUUUUCAAGAAAUUUAUAUAAAUAUAUAAGAAUAAUACAAAAUUCAUUUCUUUAACUUAUUUGAUAAUAAACCCCAUUUAAUGGUCCA